AUGGAUGCCCUGCAGGGUUUAGACGAUGAGAAUUUGGCGGUAAUUCCAAUUGACAGAUCCUUUAGUGAUGGCAAGCUGUCAAAUUGGCCUACUGAAGAAAGGUUUGAAAGACCCGAUGAUAGUUAUUAUCGAGAGAAAUUAGCGGAGAUGUGGUUGAGGGAGACAGGUGCCUAUGUAGGAGGGUCGGUUUAUAUUCUUGACGCUUUACCAGAUGGCUACGCUGUCUUUGAUAGACCUCGGGGGACAAGACCGGACAUUCGUGAUAGAUUUCUUUACGGUCACCCAGUUGGGCAAUAUUUCUAUUCUGUAAAGCAGUUUUUCCCGCAUUUCUACUAUCUGAUGACCGGAGGGACCACAAAGUGCCCAUGUGUCCUGUGUCAGAAAUUAGAAAAGCGUCAAAAAGACGAAGCUAUGGGAAUACGACGAGGCAGACCUCCCGGAAGACCCCUUGGAAGGCCUCCAGGAACACCGUCAGUGACCCCAUCUGGACGACCCCCCGGACGACCCCCCGGAAGACCACCAGGAAGACCACCAGGACGACCCCCUGGGAAAUCCCUAGUAAAGCCUUCUGGAAGACCACCAGGUAGACCAGGUUUCACCAUCCUUGACAGUGAAGGAACUCCUGACGUGUUCAAAGUUGCGGUAAGGAAACUGAGGAUGCAGGGCCAACUUGACCAAAAUAUUGCAGAGCCUGCUAGUAUGGACUGGAGAGCUGAGAGAGCAGCAAUUGAUGAAUAUUUCGAGACAUUAAAUCUAAGGCCUUCAUAUCUACCGCGCCCGGGGGAGAUUGUUCUUUGGACCUCCGAUUUUGACGGAGAAUUGGCCUGGAACUCAGAGAAACAGUGCCUCCAAAUAUAUUCGUCAGCUAGAGGCCAAUGGAUUAAAACCCCAGAAUGGCGAGCCGGUGUCGUUGGCCAGAUUCCGACAGAGGGCGUAGUGCUCCAAGACCUUGUUGAAACGACCACAAAGAAAUGGGGCGUUAAUUACUCUGGAUUCCGCAUCGAAACUUUCCCCGACCCCCACAGCUCGGAUAAGAGCUACUCAUUACACUAUAGCUACGUGCAUCUGAAGUCCAUCAAGCCAUUCAAUGCCUUUGAACUAUUUUUGCAGGGUAUCCCCGACGACAAUCUACACCCUUCUAUCCAAUAUGCCAUGACUGUCAUGUCCUCGUUCAGUUUAGUAGAUAAGUACCGUUUCCGAGGGCUGUGGCCCAAUGCUUCGAUAUAUUGUCGAGGUAUCUUCAUUGGAGCUGAACUCUUGGCCGUUGGCGAUGCUGUCCGCUUGAAACCAAAAGGUUUCAGCCUUGAAAAUGGUGAAAAAUCUCAUGUGGUGGAUGUUCUGGUAAUUGACGAAAUCAGACUUGAACUCAUCCAGUGCGACGAGGACGAGAAAUCCAAACAAAUCGCGGAGAAAUAUCGGGUUCGAAUGGCCGGGAAAGUUUACACUCCCGAUAUCAAACGAGCAGAAGCAGUGAACGGCCAGCUUUCAACUGAAGCCCUUUCACUCAAUGAUGUUGUGGGUGCUUUCGACAAUGUUGGGAUGGAUGGGUACGGCAAAUGGUAUGAGCUUCAUUCAGGCUCAGUCAUGGAUAUCUCACAGGAUAUGGUUCUUGGUCGUUGUUAUGAGCCAGACGCCAUGAAGUUGCUCUUCAGUUCUCUCUCCCUCGGGUAUGACUUGCGGGGUGUGCUGAGCGGUAGGGAGUAUUCACGACUCGUCGAUGAACGGAUUUCAGAAGGCAAACAUUGGUUCUGGGGAGAUUUCCGGACGCAGACCCUUGCUAUUGACUCACUGAACGGCGAGGAUGUCGGUCACUACAGCGACACCCGGGACGUGAAGAGCUGGAGAGCCAACCUCAAAAUAAUUGACGGCAUCGCCAACCAAGCUGAUAUUCGGGAGGCAAAGAAUCCCCGUGACGUUGGACGACCAAUGAACAAAACACGAUCGGAUUUUACAGAAGUAGGCAAGACCAGCAAGCUUGUCAGUACCGGCCUUAAGGGUGUGGAUACAAGUAACCCAGUGAGCUCAGCCGACGAAGGCUCUAGUCACUCUUCUGACGAGGCGGACGAGGGAGGUGAAGAGAACGAGGAAAGCGAAUCGGAUGAGGUCUUUAUAACACGCAUAGAAGAGCUCCGCGGUGGAACAGAAGAAACAGAACAAGGUGACUAUGUCCCAGAGGAGGAGCCCAAAACAAAGCGGCCAAAACAUGAAUUUUAG